AUGACCAAGCGGCGGACUUGGUCCAUUCACAUCGUGGCGCUGGGGAACGAGGGGGACGCGUUCCACCAGGACAGCCGGCCGUCGGGGCUCAUCCGCGCCUACCUGGGGAGAAGCCCGCUGGUCUCCGGGGACGAGAGCAGCUUGUUGCUGAGCGCGAGCGGCGCGGCCGCGCGGCCCGUCUUCACCGAGUAUCAGGCCAGCGCGUUUGGGAACGUCAAGCUGGUGGUCCACGACUGUCCCGUCUGGGAUAUUUUUGACAGUGAUUGGUAUACCUCUCGAAAUCUAAUUGGAGGGGCGGACAUCAUCGUGAUCAAAUACAAUGUAAACGACAAGUUUUCAUUCCAUGAAGUGAAGGAUAAUUAUAUUCCAGUGAUAAAAAGAGCAUUAAAUUCAGUUCCAGUGAUCAUUGCUGCUGUCGGUACAAGACAAAAUGAAGAAUUACCCUGCACAUGCCCCCUGUGCACCUCGGACAGAGGGAGCUGCGUCAGUACGACGGAAGGGAUCCAACUCGCUAAAGAGCUGGGGGCCACCUACCUGGAGCUGCACAGCCUCGACGACUUCUACAUAGGAAAGUACUUUGGAGGAGUGUUGGAAUAUUUCAUGAUCCAAGCCUUAAAUCAGAAGACAAGUGAAAAAAUGAAGAGAAGGAAGAUGAGCAACUCGUUUCAUGGAAUUAGACCACCUCAGCUUGAACAGCCAGAGAAAAUGCCGGUCCUGAAGGCUGAGGCGUCGCAUUAUAACGCCGACUUGAACAGCCUGCUGCUGUGCUGCCAGUGUGUGGACGUGGUGUUUCACAGCCCAGACCUGGAGGAGGUGGCUGAGGCCCACAAGAUCGUCCUCUGCGCCGUCAGCCACGUCUUCAUGCUGCUCUUCAGCGUGAAGAGCCCCGCCGACAUCCAGGAUUCCAGCAUCAUCCAGACCACCCAGGAUCUCUUCACGAUAAACAGAGACCCUGCGUUCCCAGGUGCUAGCCAGGAGUCUCCGGGCAACCCUCCCUUACGCGUCAUAGUGAAAGACGCCUUCUUCAGUUCUUGCUUAGCGGACAUCCUGCGCUUCAUUUAUUCAGGUGCCUUCCAGUGGGAAGAGUUAGAAGAAGAUAUCAGGAAGAAAUUGAAAGAUUCUGGAGAUGUUUCAAAUGUAAUUGAGAAAGUUAAAUGCAUUUUAAAAACACCAGGAAAGUUUAAUUGCCUAAGGAACUGCAAAACCUAUCAAGCCAGAAAACCUCUGUGGUUUUAUAACACUUCCCUCAAGUUUUUCCUUAAUAAACCAAUGCUUGCUGAUGUUGUCUUCGAAAUACAAGGUACCACGGUGCCGGCCCACAGGGCCAUCCUGGUGGCCCGGUGUGAAGUGAUGGCAGCCAUGUUUAACGGGAAUUACAUGGAAGCGAAGAGUGUUCUGAUUCCAGUUUAUGGUGUUUCCAAAGAGACUUUCUUGUCAUUCUUGGAAUAUCUGUACACAGACUCCUGUUGCCCAGCCGGCAUUUUCCAGGCCAUGUGCCUCCUGAUCUGCGCGGAGAUGUACCAGGUGUCCAGACUGCAGCACAUAUGUGAGCUCUUCAUCAUCACCCAGCUGCAGAGCAUGCCGAGCCGGGAGCUGGCAUCCAUGAACCUCGACAUAGUCGACCUGCUCAAAAAAGCCAAGUUUCACCACUCUGAUUGCCUCUCAACCUGGCUGCUUCAUUUCAUCGCCACUAACUACCUCAUCUUCAGUCAAAAGCCUGAAUUUCAGGAUCUUUCAGUGGAAGAACGCAGUUUUGUUGAGAAGCACAGAUGGCCAUCGACUAUGUACUUGAAGCAGCUUGCGGAAUACAGGAAGUAUAUUCACUCCCGGAAGUGUCGUUGCUUAGUAAUGUAA